CAGCUUCCGGCCCGAAGAACCCUCAACCGCUGCCCAUGACUCCAUGGAAGCGACACCCCCACCGUGCGGCGUAGACCCCAUAGAGGCUUCAGCCCCAUCAUGCGGUGCAGCCUCCAGCUUCCGGCCCAAAGAACCCUCAACCGCUGCCCAUGACUCCAUGGAAGUGACACCCCCAGCGUGCAGCGUAGACCCCAUGGAGGCUUCAGCCCCAUCAUGCGGUGCAGCCUGCAGCUUCCGGCCCGAAGAACCCUCAACCGCUGCCCAUGACUCCAUGGAAGUGACACCCCCAGCGUGCAGCGUAGACCCCAUGGAGGCUUCAGCCCCAUCAUGCGGUGCAGCCUGCAGCUUCCGGCCCGAAGAACCCUCAACCGCUGCCCAUGACUCCAUGGAAGUGACACCCCCAGCGUGCAGCGUAGACCCCAUGGAGGCUUCAGCCCCAUCAUGCGGUGCAGCCUCCAGCUUCCGGCCCGAAGAACCCUCAACCGCUGCCCAUGACUCCAUGGGACCGACAACCCCACCGUGCGGCACUCCAUGGAAGUGA